AUGCCUAGGUUUAAUGCCCGGCAAGCCUUCCUGAAUCACCCACAGAAGGUGAUCUCGCAGGAAUACCUCCAGCUCAAGGAAGAGAAAGAGAGCCGCCAGCGCCGUUGGUGGCAGUUUUGGGAAAAUGGGACCCGCAAUGCCAACUCCCCGCCCCAGGACCCCGCCAGCAACAACCCUGCCUCGCCCAGGCAAGAAGGCCAAGUCGUCGUACAGUCUUCCCAAGAGGGUGGAGAGUGCGGGGAGCAGCGUAAGGUGGAGGAGAAUAAGCCCGCCCGUCCCCCUCUUACCAUCCUGUGCGACUCAUCGGCCGAGUCGACAAACGUGAACCUCCCCCUCACGAAGGCGACGGACUACAAGUCUAUUUGGGUGGACAUCCACAACCCCGGCUACAACAUCCGCCUCGAUCCGAACAAUCCUGAACCAUUUCUUCGCGCAUAA